AAGCCUUCACAGUUAGGCCAGCUCCUUGGGGUUGCAGUUUUCAUCUAUUUGCUUUAGUAUCAGUACGCAGAGGGAGACCACUUCAGAUUAUUUUUGUCCUGUCUUGUUUUAACUUAGUAAUUGUGGUUUGUUAAGACAUAUUGCGGUUUCCACUUCUGGAAAAUGUCAUCACCUACUGGAAUUGUUUGAAAUAAGCUUGUAAAUAGUUCUCUCUCUCUCUCUCUCUCUCUCUCUCUCUCUCUCAUGUCGACACGUGUUCGCAGAGUAUAUGUCAUCUAGUUAGGUGUGAUGGUGAUGGAGACCAAGACAAAUCAGUCACAUAGAAAACAAUCUGAAGGAAUCAUAAGUACUUAUUGUUAUCAAUUGGGAUGGGAAAUCUAAUACUCCACCAGCACUGAUAAUGGACUAGUGCAUUGCUAGAUCAAAAUAUAAGAGAGUCGAUAUGUGCGUAAGCUGGUCUGGACAUCUGAGUUGUCAAAAAGGGAUGUGACGGCAUCUAUUUUCAGCUUUGCACGAGAAGAUGAAUAGCAACUUAAGGGAAGAUCCUGGAACAGUUGAGUGGAAGAGAAAGGAAGCAAAUGGCUCAUCAACAAUUGUGCCAUCAGAGUCUGGAACUAUUAUGAACGGCGCAUUUUUUAAGGCAUGGAGUUUUUUGAAAAAAGCAUGGGAGUUGGGAGUAGAUGACCCCAGAAAAGUGAUCCAUUGUCUCAAAGUAGGGGUAGCUCUCACAAUUGUCUCACUCUUCUAUUAUAUGAGACCUUUGUAUGAAGGUCUUGGAGGGACUUCCAUGUGGGCUAUCAUGACCGUUGUCGUAAUCUUUGAGUACACUGUUGGUGCAACAGUCUGUAAAUGCUUGAAUAGAGCUACAGGUACUCUUCUUGCCGGGUUCCUAGCUGUUGGGGUUCAUUGGAUCGCUAGUCAGUCAGGAGAAAAUUUUGAGCCUGUUGUAGUUGGUGUUUCGGUCUUCCUACUAGCUUCUGCGGCAACUUUCUCUAGAUUCAUUCCUGUAAUAAAAGCAAGGUUUGAUUACGGUGCUAUGAUCUUCAUCUUGACAUUCAGCCUAGUCUCAGUAUCAGGUUAUCGGGUGGAGAAAUUGUUUUACUUGGCCCGUCAAAGACUCUCCACCAUUAUCAUAGGGAUUUCAAUUUGCGUUGUUAUAACAACACUUAUCUGCCCCAUUUGGGCUGGUGAGGAGCUGCAUCGUCUCAUCAUACAUAACAUGGACAAACUAGCAAAUUCAUUGGAUUGCUGUGCCGUUCAGUAUUUUGAUAGCAGUGGGGGAACCAACAGCAGCGACAAAGAGUUUGAAAAGAAAUUGCAAGGCUACAAAUGUGUGAUGAACUCAAAGGCAACUGAAGAAACUAUGGCUGGAUUCGCUAUAUGGGAGCCUGCGCAUGGCCGCUUCAGCUUCCAGCAUCCGUGGAAUCAGUACGUUAAAAUUGGGGCAUCAAUGCGCGAUUGUGCUUACGGGAUAGAGGCACUUAGUAGUUGUCUGAUAUCAGAAAAUCAGGGCCCUGACUUGAUAAAGAAGCAUCUAAGUGAUCUCAGCUUAAGAGUAAGCAGCAACUCUUCAAUUGUCAUAAGGGAGUUGGCAACAAACAUCAAGACAAUGAGGAAAUCAGUGAAACUAGAUUUCUUAAUUGAAGAAAUGAACGUUUCAGUAAAGGAGCUCCAAGAUAAACUGAAAUCCCUUCCUGGUUUACUCAUUCCACCCCCAGGUCCAGAGGUUGAACAAUCUGAAAAUGACAACAGCAAAAGUGAACUGAUUUCGACAGCUAUUCCAAUCCCUCUAGUGGAAGUCAUACCAGUUGCCACUUUUGCUUCAUUGCUGAUUGAAAUCGAAGCACGGGUUGAAGGCAUUGUCGAUGCAGUUGAAGAGUUAGAGACACUGGCUGAGUUCAAGCCAGCCAACGAUGACAAGACCAAACAAAACCAACCGCGUAACAUAAAUUUGUCGAAUCGGCUAAAAGAUGAGGGAACCAUGGGGGUCAUUCAGAUGGUCUGAAUUGAUGCUACAUGACUGAUCGAUCGAGCCGCGUAAAUUGUAUGAUGGAAAAAAGAAAAGCUGGCAGGAUAAUAAAGCAAACAUAAGUAUGAUGCAGUGGUUAUCUGUAGUUAAGGGAAAUGCAAACCGCCAAGGGGAUUGAGUUCCUUGAUGCAGUGAUUAUGCAUAGUUUUACAUAUUCAGUUCAAGAAGAGUUACUCCAAUCUCGCAGUGACGAUGUAAAUCUUUUAAGUUUUUAUGCCAAGUUAUGUGGGCCGUGGUGGAUUUCAUGAAAUAUAUCUUAAUUUUUU